CACAAAGUCGGGUGUUAAUCUAGUGAUUGGAGAAUCAGGAUCGGUGCAUAGUGGUGGAUUGGCGGCGACAUUGACUGGUACAUUAACGGCCUGGAUUUCAAAGUGUCCCUAUCAAGAAGAGACACCUGUUGGACAUUGCUGGAUGAUAAAUGUUUUGGUCAUUGCUGGACUAGAAAUCAGUUGGUCAUUGCUGGGCAGGCCGUCUGUUGGACAUUGCUGGACGAUAAAUCUUUUGGUCAGGGCUGGACGAGUAAUCUAGUCGCCAGUGCUUAACGAGCCAAUUAGUUGGUCAGUGCUGGACGACAAAAAACCCGAGCGUGGAUAGUACAAGAGUGGUGGAAAAAGCAUGGAUAUACGCUGGAUGUUUCUAUGGAUAUCAGGUCAGAUUUUAACACCAUCUUUGUCGUUUUUAUUGUGAACAUGUAUAGUGUUAUCGUUUUUAAAAUUAAUUUGUUAUAUUUUAAUAAGUGUGAAAGUAGUUUUUUUUUUUAAAGAUGUCAAUAAAAAUGGGGGGGGGGGGGUGGGUUGGGUGUUCAGUUUUAAGUACUGUCAUUUAAAAACAUUUAACUCUUUAAUUUUGAAUAUUUCGUUUCAAAUAGUUUCAACAUUUCAACACUUCAACAUGACACAUAGAACACAUCCAUAGACGUGGUUUAGCGGCUUCCAUUGUUAUAAGUUCAGAAUAUCAAUGGCAAUGAAUUUCGGCAGGGACAACAUUGUUUUGAUCAACUUCCAACUGUAGCUUAAUCAAUUAUCGCGUGUAGAUUAUCAAUAGCUGCAUACAGCUGAUACUACAGGCAAGGCUUAGUGUCAAUUAAAGUCAAAAGACCUCUCAAAGUGAUGUUAGUGGUGCGUACGGUCACGGGUACCGUUACACGCCACAACCACACGCUAAUAUAAGCGUUAAGUGCCUCAACCACACAACAUUGGUACCGUUACACACCCCAACUACAACUACACACCUCAACCCCACAACAUUGGUACCGUUACACGCCCCAACUAAAUGCCUCAAACACACAACAUUGGUACCGUUACAUGCCCCAACUACAACUACACGCCCCAACCACACAACAUUGGUACCGUUACACGCCCCAACUACAACUACACGCCCCAACCACACAACAUUGGUACCGUUACACGCCCCAAAUACAACUACACGCCCCAACCACACAACAUUGGUACCGUUACACGCCCCAACUACAACCACACACCUCAACAACACAACAUUGGUACCGUUACACGCCCCAACUACAACUACACGCCCCAACCACACAACAUUGGUACCGUUACACGCCCCAACUAAACGCCUCAAACACACAACUUUGGUACCGUUACACCCCCCAACUACAACUACACGCCCCAACCACACAACAUUGGUACCGGUACACGCCCCAACUAAACGCCUCAAACACACAACACAACUACAACUACACGCCCCAACCACACAACAUUGGUACCGUUACACGCCCCAACUAAACGCCUCAAACACACAACUUUGGUACCGUUACACACCCCAACUACAACUACACGCCCCAACCACACAACAUUGGUACCGUUACACGCCCCAACUAAACGCCUCAAACACACAACAUUGGUACCGUUACACACCCCAACUACAACUACACGCCCCAACCACACAACAUUGGUACCGUUACACGCCCCAACUACAACUACACGCCCCAACCACACAACAUUGGUACCGUUACACGCCCCAACUACAACUACACGCCUCAACCACACAACAUUGGUACCGUUACACGCCCAUACUACACGCCUAAACCACACGCCAUUGGUACCGUUACAUGCCUCAACCACACGCCAUUGGUACCGUUGCACGCCCCAACUACAUGCCUCAACCACACGCCAUUGGAACCGUUACAUGCCCCAACUACAUGCCUCAACCACACGCCAUUGGUACCGUUGCACGCUUCAACCCCACGCCAUUGGUACCAUUAUACACCCCAACCACACGCCCCAAAUACACGCCAUUGGUACCGUUACACGACCCAACCACACGCCAUUCAGUUGGAAUGUAAGGUGGUAAAAUAAGAGUUGGAACGUGUUUUGACGUGAACCAGCGAAAGCAAUUUACCACAAUCCGAAAGUGUUGGCAUUAAGUUUAUUUCCAGUACCACGCACGUUAGCAUAGAUUUAUUCAGAGACUAUGGAAUAUAUGUUUCUCAUAAUCAAUUAACAGUUAAAAGUUAGAGCUAGUCCGUGCAAUGGCUGUCAAACCCCUGCUUCUCACUGCUUCGCACUGUUUCCUACUGCUUCUAACUUGUUCUCACUUAUAUCACUGCGUAUCACUGGUUCUCACUAGUUCUCACUAGUUUUGACUAAUUUACCCUAGUUCUCACUGGUUGUUCCUGGUUGCCACUGGGUGUCACUGGUUGUCACUGGUUCUCACUAAUUCUUACUGGAUUUCACUACUUCUCCCUGCUUCUCUCUUGUUCUCACUGAUUCUCGCUAGUUCUCACUAGAUGUCAUCGUUUCUCGCUGCUUUUCACUGGUUGUCACUUGUCACUAGUUGUCGGCAAUUUAUCGCUCAAAAUUAUUUCUAUUAACUCACAAGUAUGCUGUCACUUACUGUAACUUACUGUGACGCACUGAAUCAUGGAGUCAGGAUUACACUUUUAAAUCAAAAGGCUUGCGGUUAAGAUUAAAUGGCAAACAUGUCCAAUGUACACACGGCGUUUCACCGUCUGGAUCAAAUGGUAAACAUGUACAAUGUGCGCAGACCGUUUGGUAACAUGUACAAUGUACGAAAACCGUUUGGUAACAUGUACAAUGUACGCAGAACCGUUUGGUAACAUGUGCAAUGUACGCAGACCGUUUGGUAACAUGUGCAAUGUACGCAGACCGCUUGGUAACAUGUACAAUGUACGCAGACCGUUUGGUAACAUGUACAAUGUACGCAUACCGUUUGGUAACAUGUACAAUGUACGCAGACUGUUUGGUAACAUGUACAAUGUACGCAGACCGUUUGGUAACAUGUACUAUGUACUCAGACCGUUUGGUAACAUGUACAAUGUACGCAGACCGUUUGGUAACAUGUACAAUGCACGCAGACCGUUUGGUAACAUGUACAAUGUACGCAGACCGAUUAACCGCCUUGGUUAAACCGCUUGGGCAAAUGUUGGGACAUCGAUCAAUGUCAGGUCAGCUCUUUAAUUACCGGGGGAUUUCAUUUCAAAUGACUCAUUUUUAGCGCCAAAUUAAGUACGCAAAAAAAUACCCUUUAAAAAACGCAAAUUCCAUUACACAUACGACCAUACAAAUCAGUUUAGCAUCACAAAUACAAUUACAGUAGUGCGUUCACUGUGCAGCGUGUUUCAAUACAAAAUAACACUAAACGCAUUUUAAGAGUGAUGGCUCGCUUACUUCAGUGUUGGUAUCGACCAAGAAAAUCGCUUGUUAUUUGACCAUUAAGGAAAAAAAAAACGAAAUUGAAACAUCGUUUAUUGGUUGUUUGUUUUUUAUCGGUCUUGGACUUGAGUUCACUUGAAGGUCGGCCGUCCUCAGAGAUCGACAAUCGGUUUCAAAGCUUCCCAGUCGGUGUAUUUAUGUGUAUCAAAUUUGGAGAGCUUCUCGGGUUACCCAUACUGCAUUGCGUUAGUUAUCUAUAGGCUGAGGUUUUCGUAAAACAGAGAAGGAAAAUAAUUCGUGACAUUAUUUACCCAUGAGAUGCUUGCCAAUGUUUAAACAUAUCAUUGAAAUUGUCGAUUAAAAUAAUAAAUUGCAUUCAUCAACACACACAAAAAUCACGCGUGGCCCCAUUUAUAGAUUUCAUUACAUCACACAAACCCAUUCUAGUACACUUAAAAUAAUAUGCCAAGACACUGUUAACCCAAUUGGUUUCAUGGUUAAGCAAAAAUUAAAUUUAUUUAAAGUUUCAAUUUGGGUUCUGAAAUCUGUAGAGUAAUUAACCCUGACGGUGAGGCAUGAUUACUAAGUGCACAAGAACAUUUCGUGACAGAAUCUGUCUCAUCGACCAUCUGUGCACCGAAACCCAAGUUAACAAUUAGCAUAUACGUCGAUUAAGGUGGGCAUAGUCAAUUUUCACAGACAAAAUCAUGUAUAUAAUCUGCAUCCGUUUCGUCCAGGCGUUAGCAUAAAGAAGUUGUGAAGACAGGAGUCCCAACUGAAAAAAACCCUAGCUAGAGAAAUGAAGCAUACUGCAAUGAAAAUAUAAAAACUCUGAGAAAACCUUUAGAUACAUGUGAUGAUCUGAUAACGGCCACAGUUACAUCCCUUUAUUUUAGGGCGAUCUUCACAUGUAUCUAAAGGUUUUCUCAGAGUUUUUAUAUUUUCAUUGCAGUAUGCUUAGGGGGGGGGGGGGGGGGGGGGGGGGGGGGGGUUAAAUGAAUUUCGUGAAAUGAUCCACCCCGAGUCUUUUUGCAAUUCGCGUAUCAUGAGAAUACGGCAUUGAACUUAACAUCAACUUGACCCCCUGGAAGACGCGUUGGUCGCUUACGACUUGGGAAUAUUACAGAGUUGGGCUUCAGGUCGCAUGUCUUCAAGAGUUAUUAGUUCUGAGCGAACUUAGGGAUGUUCAUUUCAUUGCGGUUUCAAAAUAAUUGUGGAUAAUAACCUAAGAUAACAAUGCCGCUAUAGAAACGUCGCGUAUAGUUGUGCAGUGUUUCACUUCAACAAAACCAGUCUUCCAUUCUCAGAAAGGGGAUCUGAUUUUUCAAGCCUUUGUAAAUACACCUUAACGCAAGAGCCAACAAAGCCCAAAUGAUAUAGUUAUCGUUCAACAAAAGAAGCACUCUUUGACAUCACAUAAACACACACUCACACACGCACUGACACCUAUAUACACACGCGCGCGCAAUCUCCAUACCCCCCCCCCCAAAAAAAAAAUAUAAAAGAAAUGUCCAUCAUUCAAUUUGUCCAUUUUAAACAACGUUAAUCCUCUGUACUUCUACAAACAUUGAAAGGUGAUCUCUUUCUCAAACAACGGUGACGUCAAUUUCAUUGUGCAGCAUGUUAACUGGUUUUCAUCAUUGUUUGUAGAGCUUGUUGGGUUGGCGGUGCAGUGCACCACACACUGAUGGGGUACAUGAAAAUGGCCAGGAUUUGAUGUCGACAUGAUAUUGAUUCUGUCCCUUGUUGGGGCUGAAAGGUUUGAACCUCUAUGUAUGCCUAAUAUCUACUUGAAUAAAGUUUCCGGAAGUAGAUAGGGUUGUUGACAUGAUAUUUCCAUUACAAGGAUAAAAGGAGCAUUUAGGAACCGCUUAAUUAACUAGAGUCUUGAAAUGUAGAUUACAGUUUUUUGGGGGGUUUAUUUUAUAGGGCUGGGCGAGGUGAUUGCUGUUAAGCACUCCGUCCUUGUUCCACGUAAUGUUAGGGAUACCAAGUGGCGUAGCUAGGGACAGUGCUGCACGGAGCGGGCAAAGAUUUUUGCCGGAACCACAACGAAAAAAACACUCUGGAUUUGGCCGAAGAUGCCGCCCCUCUAGAUAUAAGGACUGCUCCCUACGUACACUGACUCAAAAUUCUCUGCGAUCCACCAGCGCCUUCUUAAAGCAUGGCUCGGUGCGCAAAGGUGCAGGUACUCCCACAUAUAGGAGGCCUCACGCCUCUGGGGGGUGAUGGGGGUGGGGACACGCAUUUAGGAGGCCUCUAGCUUCUAGGUGGCUUUACGCAUUUAGGGAACCCCAAGCUUCAGUGUGGCUUCACGCUUUUAAGGGGCCUCAGACUUCUAAUGGGCCUCGCGCCUCUUGUGGGCCUCAUACGUUUAAGGGGCCUCACCCUUCUAGGGGUCUCAAUAUUCUAAAGGGGCCUUACGCUUCUAUCGUGCCUCAAGCUUCUAGACGGUCCUAACGCAACUAAGGGCCCUGACGCUUCUAAGGGGCCUGACGUGUCUAGGGUCAUCGAGUUGACUAUAUUGAUAAUUGAUAUUGAAACAUCUUUAUGCAAUUUAAUUUUCUAUAAAGUGAAGUGGGAAGCAGAUUGAUGUUGAGGGACACUAACAGACAAGGACAAAAAGACCGAUAAUUUUAAAGGAAUUAUUUUUUUUUUUUGCAGUUCUAGACUUAUUACAUAGUACAAUUUUUUCCUAUACAAUCAGGUGGUGGAGCAAAUACACGCCCCCCCCCCCAAUAACGUCCUUGGUCACAAGACACUUUUCUUCUAUAUAAUUUUGUUGUGUCUUAAAAAUGUUGCGAAGCUGCUCUUCAAAAUAAUUAAGAAUACAAAACCUUGAGGCUUGAAAAAACAUUAAUGUGAACUUUUUAUUUUCAAAUCUUUUAUAUUAACUUCGCUUUUGUUCGUGACUGGCUGGGUGGGUGGCUGGCAAAUUCUUCAGAUUGCNGGGGGGGGGGGGGAGGGGGGGCUCCUCCCCCCCCCCCCCCCGGAUUGAUUGAUUAAAUUUUUUUUAUAGAAAAAAUAGAUAAAAAAUGUAUUAAAGUAAAGAGAAAAUAAAGAGAGAGUCACUAAGCUGAUGCUGAUCUCUUUUUACUGGGUAAUUAUUUUAAUAUUUUCUAUAUUAAUUAUUUUAUGUAUCACUGUAUGUUGUGCGCCAAAAAUUGUUUUGAACAUAAGUAUUUUUAUUAUGUAUAUUUUUUUAAGGCGAAUAUGUUAAAGGACGUUAGGUCAUUGUUUAAGAGUAGUCUACCGUUAUCCAGGUACAGUGUAAACUUGUCAAAAUGUUGAUGUUUACAAUGAAAAAUAGUCAAAUAAUGUUACUUUUAAUUUACAUCACUUUGUGUUAGGAGUAAAGAAAGUAUUAGAAAAAUCUUAAUUAUCUAUUUUAAUUUCGUUAUAAAUUUAGUUGUAUGAGCUGCAUGUGAAAUGAAUUGUAAUAAUUUUAAAUACCUUGACUACUGUUGUUAGAUUUAAGUGUGCUUAUUUACUUUAAGUAAAUUAAGAUGAAUAUUCAAUAACAAAGGGAUGUACAAUGUCUUGAUUGAGACUUUACUACUCCUUGUACAAAGUACAAAGAUUUUAAUGAAUGGGCCAGAAACCUUAUCAGCUCAACAUGGCAUCGUGGGUCUCAACAAGAUGCUGAACACUUCGCGUCAACCAUUUGAAAUUCAAAUAAGGAUUUUAUUUGUCAGAUAGAUAAUUCAGUAAAACGAACUAUUGAAGAAAACAUUAAGAAACUGUAUCCUAUUAUUUCAACAAUAUUAUUUUGCGGAACAAAUGAUUUGGCAAUUCGUGAGAAAGAUAGCACAAAAGGAAAUGUCGAACAACUUUAUGCGUAUCGAAUUCAGGGAGGAGAGUAUUUUAAAAAAACAACAUUUUGAUACAGCUGCUGAAAAUGCACUUUACACAUCACACCGAGCGCAGAAUGAAAUGAUCAACUUGUCUGAACAAGCUCUGCAAGAAGACAUUGUAAAAGCUGUAAACAAUGCUGUUUGUUACUCGAUCAUAGCCGAUGAAAUAGCAGAUAUCUCAGGAAUAGAACAGUUGUCACUGGGAGUCUUGUUUGUAGAUACGUCUAGUGAGAAGGCUUUGAUUCGUGAGGAAUUCCAUGGAUUUUCUCCACUGAAGAAUAUGGACGCCGCCACGAUAUCUGAUUGUAUUAUUCAACAAUGCAAAACAUUAGGUCUUCUCCUUAAUAAUCUGCUGGGUCAAGGUUAUGAUGGGUGUUCGACAAUGGCCGGAAAAGAAAAUGGUGUUCAGGCAAAAAUUCGAAGUAUUUACCCCAAGGCUGCCUUUGUUCACUGUGCCUCGCAUAGACUGAAUCUCGUAGUCAAUGAUCUUAAUAAUGUUGCAGUGAUACGAAAUACUAUUGGUACUAUCAAAGCAAUUAUCACAUUUUUUCGUGAAAGCCCAACAGGGAGGUCCACUGUCCCAAAUACUCCUCUUCCGUGUGAGAAAAGAUGGACAAGCAAGUAUAAUAGUAUUCGGAUUUUUUCUAGUAAAUUUAAGGAAAUUUUUAUUGUCAACUGGAAGAAUUUUCAUUGCAUGCAAGUGGAAAUGCACGACAGGCUGCACAUCAGUUAUAUUGUUCAUCAAAGUCCAGCACGUUUUUAUUUUGUCUCAAUAUUAUUUCGCAGUACUCUGCCAUACUGGAACCAGUUACUCAGGCUCUUCAUGCUGUUCAAGUUGAUCUUUCAGAAGUCCAACUGCAAGCUCAAAACCUGCUCAGUGUAGUCAAACUUCACCGAGGGGAUGCCGAUAACUAUUUCAGGGAUAUUUUUGAGAAAACAGCACAACUCGCACAGAAGGUGGAUAUUGAACUGAUUAUCCCAAGACAGUGUGGAAGACAAAAGCAUCGAAGUAAUCCGGGAAACGUAAGUGUUGAAGAGUACUUCAGACAAACAGUUUACAUUCCAUACUUAGAUUCUCUAAUUAGCUCAAUGGAGAGUCGAUUUUAUGAAGCCAACAGUGCAAUAUUUAACUUAGCGUUGCUACAUCCUUCGAAAUUGUGCAAACUGAAUCCUCAACAGUUUAAGGAUACAAUGUCUACUAUUAAUCAGGUAUACCACAUUGAUAAUUUUGAAAGUGAAGCCUUGAGUUGGUUUGAUUUUUGGAAAACGAGAGAAUACAAAAGUAGCCAAGAUUUCAUCGGCUUGUUACGUUGUACAAAGUUGUAUCCGGCUGUCAGGUAUGCCUUACUAGUUUUGCUAACACUACCAGCAACAACAUGUACAGCAGAGCGAUCGUUCAGCACAUAAAGUCAUGUAAAAACAUGGCUUAGAUCUACAAUGUCAGAUGAACGAACGUCUGUCUGGGUUGUGCAUGUUAAGCGUACACAGAGACAAAGUGAACUGCAACACAAAAGACUUUAUGGACAAAAUUGUAGAUAUGUUUGGUAGCGAUAACAGACGACUCCAGUUCUUGUUUAAAGAAUAAAUUUUAUUUUCAUGUAUGUUGUAAUAUUUUUUGUUAUAUACAUGUAUUGUGUUAAAAAAAAUUUGUUGCUACAGUAUGCCCUUCAUUACUGCAGUGUUCUGUCCGUUCGUUCACCAUACAAAUACGCUACAGUAAAUUAAAACUACAUUAAAACAUUACAAAAAAGUAUUUUGCCCCCCCCCCCCUAGAAAAUUUCCUGCGGGUGCCCAUGCCGUGAACCUAUAGAACUGAAACGUGGCACUUAGCCUUGUUGCCCCGGACAACAAAUUCUAUACAAUUUUCAAGCCCAACCCCCAACCCCCAAAACUAUAUUUUUUCCUGUUUUUCAAAGGGGGGGGGGGCAUGAAGGAAAAAGUCACGAUAACUGCACUAAAUGAUAUUAUUAAAAAAAAAUUAUCACAAGUGCUUUUGAUGCGUAAUUUUCUCUUUUGCUUUGCUAAAAUGGUUGGUGAAAUAAAUCUGCGACUUAAAAGCAGGUGGAUCAUUAUAUAUCAAUAUCGCUAUAUCAAUAUAGUUCAGGGGCGUUUAAAAAAUGUGUGGUUGCGUGCUUUGGGGGGGGGGUGGGGUGCACUAAUUGUGAUUCUUAUGAAGUAUGCAUGUUUUGUAAAAAAAAUUUAGCCCCACCCUUCAUCGCACGAUAUAUCCUUCCGUCUCCUUGAGACGAUGGAGUAGCUAUUUAAUCCUUCCAUCUCCUUCAGACGAUGGAGUAGCUAUAUAUCCUUCAACCUCCUUGAGACGAUGGAGUAGCUAUUUAUCCUUCCACCUCCGUGACACGAUGGAUUAGCUAUGUACACUUCAUCAAAUGGCUCACUAGGCCGAUGUUGGAAUGACAGUCUAUGCUGCAUUUCUCCUAGGAGCAGCUUGACUCCUGGUCAAAUGUGACCUUCCGUAAUGUUCUUUGUGUUGCAAGCGCUUCGUUUCGCGCAUCUUCUGUCUUUUUUUGCCACUUUCAUACACUGCUGUUUCCCAGCUGGAUUGGUCUCAAAGAUUAUCUCCCAUUGGAUAAGUCUUGCCCCUUAUCUCAAUUCUGCAUACAGCAAAUCCAGGGGAAUACGGCCUUCCUCCAUUCUCCUUACAUAACCUAAACAAAGAAGGGCCCCUUUGGCUAAUAGCGGACAAUAUCCUACACAUUUUUGCACGCUCGAAGACCCCUGUGUUAUGCACCUUGUCCUGACAUUAAAUGCGUGAAAUGUGACACAGACCUGUUUGAUGGAAGCUGCUCAGUUUUCGCUCAUGACUGGAAUAAUUGGUCCACACUUCACUACUAAUUAGGCGCGUACUAAGCACGCGUGUUUGAUAGACUCUUAGUUUUGUACUAUCACUGGCUCGAUAUUACAUUUUAUAAAUGAUUGAUACGAAAAUAUUGGUUGUAAGGGUUUUUAAAUUUAAAUUUGAGCAAAAUCGCAGAUUGUCACACAUUGUAACAGAUUGUCACAUAUUGUAACAGAUUGUCACACAUUGUAACAGAUUGUCACAUAUUGUCCCUAUAAGCCUUGGCCUUGGCCUGUAAAAUCUAGUCAACCGUUUUAACUAUAAAGCUCAGUAGCUCUAGUACACAGGUUCUCAAGCAUUUUUAAGUCACGACCUCAAACAUAUAUAUAUAUAUAUAUAUAUAUAUAUAUAUAUAUAUANAUAUAUAUAUAUAUAUGCAAAGUGACCCUUACCGCGAUUAAUUAAUAAAAGUGUUUGAAAUGAUUUUAAAAAGAAAACUACAACAAAAAACACCUAAUUUAAUACCACACCUUGGUUAUUCUUAUAGCAUAAUAAAAAUUAACGUCAUAUUUAACGCCUUGAUUGAAUUUAGAAAUGAAACUUUAAGACACCAAUUAAUAAAGAAAACUAUUUAAAAAAACACAAAAAAACCCAACACAAUUGCUUUUAGUCUAUUAUUUCAAGCAGCGACAACACAGAAAUCACUUCGAAAAAUCAACCUAGUAAGACAUAUAUAUAUAUAAAUGUAGAGAGAGAAAGAUACAUGUGUUAAAAUUUUAUUUUUUAUUCAUAAGAAACACAGCGUUACACGUUUUCGGCGAUUGAUUUGAAAUGAACACUUGUGACGUGUAAAGAAUGGCACUCUCUAAUAAAGUGAGACGGUUUUGUCUACAGGCGGACAGACACGACUUUGGCUCAACAAGCACAUGAUUUUUAUUGACUUGAUCUAAGCAGGGGGAAAGUUAAGCGACUAGUAACAAGUGAACAAAAUCUCAUUUAACCUUAGCAUAAUUUUUUAAUUCAUUUAAUAAAUUGAAAAAAAAAAAAUGAAAAAAAAUGCAAUAAUAAAAAAAGAGAAACAAUUUCUUGUAUACUUAAGUUCUAUUAAAACGUUUUUAAUUAAAUAUUUUUGCCCCGAGAUUUCAAGGGAUCCCAAGGUAGAUUAACUGUGCUUUUGUUUUUCCAGGGAUAAGCGAAAAGCUAGGAAAUGAGAAACGUUAUUUUGAAUGCAUCGUAUAAUUUAUAUGAGCCUUUUUAGUAAGUCUUGGCUCCAAAAAUGUGCAGGGACUUGGCUUCCUAGAAAUGUUCAGCAAAUCAGGGCACUUUUCAAUAGCUGUUUUCUCUCCUGGUUCACGUUUGGCAGGUAUUUUACUGACGUCACCCACGGAGCAGGUGUUUACGAUCAAAGAAGAGACCCGGCUGAGGACAGACCUGUUCCUGGACUACGACUCGGCUGUAAGACCUGAUGCCACCACUGGAGUCAAGCUGUCCUUCCAGCCUACUGCUAUAACUAGUGUGGUGAGUAUUGAGUCAAGCUGUCCUUCCAUCCUACUGCUAUAACUAGUGUGGUAAGUAUUGAGUCAAGCUGUCCUUCCAGCCUACUGCUAUAACUAGUGUGGUGAGUAUUGAGUCAAGCUGUCCUUCGAGCCUACUGCUAUAACUAGUGUGGUGAGUACUGACUCAAGCUGUUCUUUCAACCUAUCGCAAAUACCAGUGUAGUGAGUAUUGAAUUACACUGUAUUUGCAACCGAUUGCAAACUUGAGUUUGGUGAGUACUGACUCAAGCUGUCCUUCCAGCCUACUGCUACAACUAGUGUUGUGAGUAUUGAGUCAAGCUGUAUGUCCAUCCCGUCGCAAUCACUAUCAAGGUGAGUGUUGAGUAUUGCUAAUAGUCAGUUUAUAAGGGCAAUUAACGUACUCUAAGCAAAAAUGUCCAAGAUUUAACCGCAAAACCCUAAUUAUGUCCAAGAUUUAAAAGUCAGAUACUGAUUAUGUCCAAUAUUAAAUAGAAAGUCUUACAUAUGUCCAACAUUUAACAGUAAGUCCCUCAUUACAUGGGCGCCGCAGGUAGGGGCAAGGUAAGGCACUUGCCCCCCCCCCUGGAUUGAUUGGAUACAAUUUUUUUAGACAAAAAUAGACAAAAAAUUAUUAAAGUAAAGAGAAAAUAAAGAGUAAAUAACUAAGCUGAUGUCCUGUCCCUUCGUUCACCAUAGAAAUACGCUACAGUAAAUUAAAACUAUAUUAAAACAUUACUAACAAUUUUUUGCCCCCCCCCCUUGGAAAGUUAAUCUAUUUUUUUGCCCCCCCCCCUAGAAAGUUUUCUGUGGGCGCCCAUGCCUACGAAAUACGCUAAAGUAAAUUAAAACUAUAUUAAAACAUUACUAACCAUUUUUUGCCCCCCCCCCCUUGGAAAGUUAAUCUAUUUUUUUGCCCCCCCCCCUAGAAAGUUUUCUGUGGGCGCCCAUGCCUCAUUAUGUCCACGAUUUAACAUUUAAACCCUCAUUAUGUCCACCAUUUAACAGUAAGAUCCUCAUUAUGUCUAAUAUUCAACAGUAAGACCCUCAUUAUGUCCAAGAUUUAACAGAUGUCUUAUUAUUCAAUAUUUUAUCUACAUAGUGACCGGGAGCAUGGUCUAAUUUAUCGCAAUUACUUCUUUUAAAAUUUUCUUAAAAGAUCUGCAGAAAUGCAUAAACCGUUCCACGGACCUCCAUUUUGAGAAUCCCUGGUUAAAAACAGGCCGGUAGUUUGGUAGCGCAAUUGAGGGGGGGGGGGGGGGGGUUUUUGUGUGUUGGGGGGGGGGGGGGGGGGAGCGAUUCGAAAAUGAGCUGUCUAGAAUUUGAAAAUCAACGGUCUACUAUGAUUUAACUAUGAUUUAACUAUGAUUUAACUAUGAUUUAACAAUGAUUUAACAAUGAUUUAACUAUGAUUUAACUAUGAUUUAACUAUGAUUUAACUAGGAUUUAACUAUGAUUUAACAAUGAUUUAAAAAUGAUUUAACUAUGAUGUAACUAUGAUUUAGCUAUCAUAUAACUAUGAUUAAACAAUGAUUUAACUAUCGUUUAACUAUCAUUUAACUAUCAUUUAACUAUUAUUUAACUUGUAUUUUAAAAAGAAAAUAGUUAAAGUCUCAAUUUAAAAUAAGCGUUCGUUAAAAAGUAAAUUUCAGUUCUACAUGAUAUCUUUUGAAAAUUUACUUGCUAUGUUUCGUCAACGAUACUCUAGUGAUUUCUUCCUGAAAUCUUUCAUUUAAAUUUCUUCAGCCUACAACCCUAUUUUUUAAUAUUAAAAAUUAUGAAUAGGACACAGUGGGGGUGGGGGGAAGCACACGAAUUUUAGAAAAGCAUAGGUGGGGCAUGGCCCAAAAAAAAAAGGUUGGGAAACACCAAUGUAACCAGAUACGAGUAAUACAUCUUUAAGAAAUAAUGAAGUAUGUACAUGAAAUGUAACAGUAUUUUUUUUAUUGAAAUAAUACGAAGGUAAGUUGUAAAAAUUAACUCCUAAAAUAUAUAUGACAGGAGGAAUGCCAACAGACAAUGUUAGCUCGUCAUUUGGUAGGAUUUUUUAACUUAUAACUGUGAUGACCUUUUGUUUUUAAAAAAAAAAAAUCAAGUUAUUUGAUUUUCUGAUUCGUUCUCAGGACAUAAAAAAUCAACAAUUUGGUAUCUCUGGCUGGUGGCUGAUGGUAAUCAAAGUGUUUCGUUGUGUUCUUUGCAAAAUCAAUAUUUAUACGUUAGUAGAUACUAGUAUGAUUACAAGUUAUUAUGAAAUAAGCUAGUACACACCUUUCAUAAAUAUCAUUAUUAUUAUUAUUAUCAUUAUGACUAUAUUAUUAGACUCUAUUGCUGUUAUUACUAUUCUUAUUGUUGUUAUUAUUAGUAUGCAAAAUAUAUUUUAAAAAUUAGUAAUAAUACUAUGACUCGUUUAUCCAAAGUCUGUAGCGAAUGUCUGUGAGAUAUGCCCCAGGUGGUUUCAAUUUCAAGCACUCUCUCUUCCAGAGAUGGACUGAUAGCCGUCUGGCCUGGGUGAGAGGCAACUACAGCGGCAUCCCUAUCGUACAGAUCAAGUCUGAUCUCCUGUGGACGCCUUGCCUCGUGGUAGACAACUCGUGAGUCUUCACCGACUGCUUUGGACGUGGCGUUCGGUUCUAACACCAAUAGUUUAUCCUUAUGGAAAUCUGGUGUAGAUAUUAGUUCCAGAUAGUGGCGUAGCUAGGGGGUUGCGGAAAGCACCGGCUGACACCAUCUCAGGGGUGACACCAAAUUGCAAAAACUUCAUAUUUACAGAGCACACACUGCUCGAUCUAACCAAAUCUCAUAAAAGGAUAAACGACCACACGUAAAUUUUCAACAUAUGUAUCAAAUCUAAAUGCGUGCUUUAUUGAUUCUUAAGAAAUGAGGGAUGUGACAUGACGUACGCUGUCUAGAGAUCGGGCCCCUGCGUACUGCUACAGAACAAUUUUCAAGGGUCUAGAACCCCUUUAUUUCUAGCUCCUACAGAGCUGAUGUGACUCUUGUUCCAAGUAUCAAACAAACGAUGCAGAGAUUCCGGGUUUUCUUAUUAUUUGGCUACAUAUGCCUAACAGUGGAAAACUUCAAAAGAAAUAAUCUCUGGUGUUCAGAGUAAAAACGUGACCAGAAAUGCUACACAUACUAUACAAAAUAUAAUUACACCACUCCUAGCGAUAAUGUACUAAGUGUCACUCUCUCCACAAAACUAAAAUCAUACCCCUUAUCCACAGCACUCGCCACUCUCCACUCGUGAAAAAAACUCCCCUCCUUUUCACACACUCCUCUCAUCGCAUGGUUCCUCCCGACAUACCACCACGGUCACACAUGACCGAGAAAAAACUCGUGGGGCACAUGGGGAAAACCCCCACCAACGAUUGGUCAAUGAACAUCAUAAAGGCAGACACAGGAAAACUCACGCGAUCUGACCGUGACAAAGGAAUCCUAUAAUAAUAUCAGAAAAACACCGUUUUUAACCAUGAUUCAACGCCGAUUGAAGUGUUCGUUAACUUUUGUAAUUAACAGGAACCUAUAUUUAUCUAAAUUCUGUGAAAUAUUGCGUUCCAUUGAUACAAAAUACGAUGUGGUCGUAUGCUUCUCAAGACAUGAAUUGAAUCGGUAAAAAUGAAAACAUUAGAACAUGACUUUUUGCCCAUGUAUAGGGUUACAAAAUAAUAUUUUACACAAAUGUUCUAGUAUCUUUUAACAAUUAUUUAAAAUUUAGUUAAGUUUAAACAAAUGGAUUUUGAAACCAAAUAUAUCGAAACACAGAAAUACUUAAAAAAUAAUAUUUUUCGCCGAUUCAUCACUAGCAUCACCCCUUAACAUAUGAGCACAAUUUUCAUACAGUACAAGAUUUUUAUAUGUCUCUGAUUUCUCGUUUUCUGCUAAUUUUUUUCAUUGGUCUGAUUUACUUGAGGAAGUUAAUCUUACACAGCAGUAUCUGCAGACUAAAGGCUUUACUUUUGACAAAGUGGUGACCAACCUAGAGGCCUUGACAUUGUUUCUGCACCAGAAGCACUGUCACUUGGUGGAACAUGCUGUUCAAAAGGCACUUUUAAAAUCAAACCUAUAUGGAAUGUCGGUAGAGAGAAGAUGAGGGUUUAAGAAGAUAAUGGCCGGAAAACUGUUUACGACCCAUCAUGGGACAUUCACGACCUUCUUUUCUGGCUCUGCUAUCAAUUAAAUGUGAUACGGUGUAUUAUUUUGAUUUUUUUAUCGAGUGACAGGUUUGCAGAUUUGCAGCCAAAGAAAGGAAUAUUUUAACUAAAGUAAAUUUAAUUGAAAAAAAUAACAAUAACUUGCUAUGGUUACAGUUAUUAGAUACAUUUAUUUUCUGGCCUUCAAUUAAUUCGUUUUUGUUCACGUCGUUGUUAUACUGAGGACUUAUGCUAACACUAAUACAUUCUUCGUGGACGUCGGAGGGAGGUGAUUGACACUAUGAGUUUACCGCCCUACAAACCCUACCCACGCCAAAAAAAAAAAAAAAAAAAAAAAAAAAAAAAAAAAAAAAAAAAAAAAAAAAAAAAAAAAAAAUAAACCCAAAUAAAUUGUGCCACAUUAAGAGUAGCUGUAGCAUCCGGUGAAGUACAUUGAUGAGUCGCUCAUAAAACAUCCAUAUUUUUUAAAUAAAGUUACGAUUGACGUGAUGCAUGUUCGUUCAUUUCUUCCUUUAAAAAAAAAUGCCAAAUCCACCUUACAAAAAUGUAACAGUUAAUAACCAAUCUUCUUUGAGUAUUUAUGGUGUAAGUUGAAUAUAUUUUUUGCAGAAGCGAAACUUGCUUUUCUUUUAAUCUGUAAUUUAACUUCCGAAAAAAGCCGUAUCUCUCCCUGAGCCUAGGAGUAUAGAUUCCCUGAUAGUUGAUUAACUUACAAUGUUUGCAGUGUGGACGACCUAACUGCUAUAGAUGAGGACUCCAUACCUUUGCGCGUGGACUCUAACGGUAGCGUGUCGUGGAACCCUCCAGGCCUGCUGACCGUGUCUUGCAACAUGGACAUAACCUACUUUCCGUGGGACAGUCACACCUGUGCUAUACAGGUGACCAGCUUUGGCUACACGAUACAGGUGAGAGGAAGAGAAAUGGUUGAGGCAUUCAUUGUCCACACGCGUAAAGUGUUUCUUUCUGAAAUUUUCCCCCAGGUGGGAGGGCACUUCAGAUUUUUCGGGGCGGUGGGGGGGGGGCAGUGCCAGCACUUCCAGUUGAUUUAUUGUACGACAUAAUUUUGCUCCGGGGGGCACUUGGCUUUUUUGGGGGGCGCACUGCCCCCGAGAUAUAGCUGAAAGAAACCCUGCAUGCGUGACCCUACGCAAAGGAGUUAAAUCAGUGGGUCUCAACCUUCCUAAUGCCGCAACCCUUUAAUAGUUCCUCUUGUUGUGGUGACCCCUAACCAAAAAAAUUAUAUUAGUCACUACUUCAUAAAUAUAUGUUUUCCGAUGGUCUUAGGCGACCCCAACGUAAGGGUUGAAAACCGAUGUGUUUAAUUAAAUAACUCAAAAUGAUUCAUCUGCCGUGGCUAUGUUCUAUGACAAAGCUUUGUUUUUUAUCUCUUAGCUCCCUGGGUUUAAAACAGUGUUCCCGAUGAUGAAGACUUAUUCAACUUCUCAAUUUUAUAACUUAAUUUAAUGAAUAAAAAUAAAACAACUAGUACUUUCAGUGCUCUUGGUGAGACUGCUAGUGCUUUCAGUACUGUUGGUGGGACUUCCAAUGCUUUCAGUACUGUGGGUUAGACUGCCAGUGCUUUCAGUGCUCUUGAUGAGACUGCUAGUGCUUUCAGUACUGUUGGUGGGACUUCCAAUGUUUCAGCACUGUGGGUUAGACUGCCAGUGCUUUCAAUACUGUUAGCGAGACUGCCAGUGCUUUCAGUACUUUUGGAGGGACUUCCAAUCAUUCAGUACUGUUCGUGAGGCUUUCAUUGUUUUCAGUACUGUGGGUGAGACUGCUAGUGUUUUCGGUACAUAUGUAGGCACUUCCUAUUCAUUCAGUAUUGUUGUUGAGUCUGCAAGUGCUUUUAGAAAAGUUCGUCACAUUGCUAAUACUUCAUACAAAAUAGUAUGAUCUUUAGGCAGGCUAAAUAAAUUAAUCUAAACUGUACUGUGUUGAGGAUUAAUUAUAACCUAGUCUCACUUCAUAGAAUGUUUCUAUUAAUAUCGUUGCUCCAGGAGUUGGACAUUCGUGUGUACGGUGACGGUGUGGUCAAGACUUACUUCAGUCCUGAUGGUGAGUGGGACGUCAUAGACACCUGGACAGAGAGGACUAUCUUUACAGAGGACGAAUAUCAAUACUCCAAGGUAGAAUAAUAGUUAUAUAAUGGGGAUAUAUUCGUAAAUCAACAAUUUUAGAACCGUCCUUUCUAGAAAAUAGUUCAAAUUCAUAAAUUUUGCAUUUAUUAUAUUUGGAAUACAGUAAAUUGAUUAAAUCGGCAAUAGAGUAAAUCGAUGUGAAUUAUUUAUGUAUGACAUGGUAUUAUUUUUAAUAUUCUAAAAUAUAGACUUCAUUAGACGAUUGCUUCAUACGAUGCUAGCUUCAUUAGACGAUUGCUUCAUACGAUGCUAGCUUCAUUAGACGAUUGCUUCAUACGAUGCUAGCUUCAUUAGACGAUUGCUUCAUACGAUGCUAGCUUCAUUAGACGAUUGCUUCAUACGAUGCUAGCUUCAUUAGACGAUUGCUUCAUACGAUGCUAGCUUCAUUAGACGAUUUCCUCAUACGAUGCUAGUUGCAUUAGACGAUUGCUUCAUACGAUGCUAGCUUCAUUAGACGAUUGCUUCAUACAAUGCUAGCUUCAUUAGACGAUUGCUUCAUACGAUGCUAGCUUCAUUAGACGAUUGCUUCAUACGAUGCUAGCUUCAUUAGACGAUUGCUUCAUACGAUGCUAGCUUCAUUAGACGAUUGCCUCAUACGAUGCUAGCUUCAUUAGACGAUUGCUUCAUACGAUGCUAGCUUCAUUAGAAGAUUGCUUCAUACGAUGGUAGCUUCAUUAGACGAUUGCUUCAUACGAUGCUAGCUUCAUUAGGCGAUUGCUUCAUACCAUGCUAGCUUCAUUAGACGAUUGCCUCAUACGAUGCUAGCUUCAUUAGACGAUUGCUUCAUACGAUGCUAGCUUCAUUAGACGAUUCCUUCAUACGAUGCUAGCUUCAUUAGGCGAUUGCUUCAUACGAUGCUAGAUUCAUUGGACAAUUGCUUCAUACGAUGCUAGCUUCAUUAGAUUAUUUAUUUCUUAAAUGAUGCUUUCUUAAACCGCCCUCCAUUUUGAUUUAUAUAACUUCCGGUCUGCUCUAAGUUUGGUUUUGAUUGUAUUCUCCGUUGUGUUUAUUGUUUUUACCGACGAAGGCUUUUAGUCGAAACGUCCUUGCCGCUAUCUUUUGUCUUUAUUAAGGCGUUCCACAUACCAAUGACCUAUUUUAUUGCUUUUAUUCCCCAGGUUUCCUAUAACUUCAAGCUGACCCGGCGACCUUUGUUCUACGGCCUCAACUACCUCCUCCCCGUCAUUAUCUCGUCGUUCCUCACCAUGUUCGUCUUCCUCCUCCCGGCAGACAGCGGCGAGAAAAUCGGCUACUGUCUGACCGUGCUCCUGGGCUACAUGGUCAUACUGACCCUCAUCGCCACGGAUCUGCCGACCACAGCACAGUACACGUCCAUAUUAGGUAAGUUGAUACAAUGGUCAAGCUUGUUACAUGGAGUGCAAGUACCACACUUCCUGUCUGUAUUUGGUAACUUCAGGAAGUGUGGCUUGUGAUGUCUAAUGUAGUGUAUCACAUUUGAAGUCUAUAUUCGGUGACUUCAGGCUUUGUAUGGCUAGCUUACGAUGUCUUCACAUGCAGUUUAAGUAUCACAUUUGAAGUCUAUGUUAGGUAGCUUUAGGCUAUGUAUGGAUAGCUUGUGAUGUUUUCACAUGUAGUGUAUCCCAUUUGAAGUCUAUAUUUGGUGACAUCAGGCUGUGUAUGGCUAGCUUUCGAUGUCUUUACAGGCAGUUUAAGUGUAAUAUUUGAAGUCUAUGUUGGGUAACAUCAGGCUAUGUAUGGAUAGCUUGUGAUUUUAUUUAAAUAUAAAUUGAAAUACCACAUUUCCCGUCUAAAUUAAUUAAAUAUAUUGAAUGGGAGGUGCAGUGCCCGAGUUGAUGGUGUUGCAUCUAGAGUAAGUUCCAAACGAGGGUACAACAUUUCUUCUCUAAACUGCAAUAAUGAGUAACUACACAAUUCUAGACAAUAUCUACAAAUACACCUCAUUCAAUAAAAUCAUAAUUUUUCAUUAUACCAUUACAUCAUAUCAUCACAUUGUAUCAACAUACCAUCACAUCAUAUCAUCACAUUGUAUCAACAUACCAUCACAUCAUAUGAUCACAUUGUAUCAACAUACCAUCACAUCAUAUCAUCACAUUGUAUCAACAUACCAUCACAUCAUAUCAUCACAUUGUAUCAACGUACCAUCACAUCAUAUCAUCACAUUGUAUCAACAUAUCAUCACAUCAUAUCAUCACAUCACAUUAUCACAUCCUAUUAUACCAUCCCAUCAUAUAAUAUCAUCACAUCACAUCAUCAUAUCAUAUCAUCCCAUCACACAGUAACAUUAUAUCAUAAAAACACAUCAUCACAUUGUAUUAACAUAUCAUUACAUCCCAUCAUCACAUCAUUAUGAACAUAUCUGAUCUUAAAACAACUUAGCCUUGUCUUGUUCAUACAGAACUGUACAUCGCUGUUGUGCUCAUCAUGGGCGGCCUCUCUGUCAUACUCUCAAUAUUUGUCCUGGAAAUUUUCUUCCGCCCCGACGACUUGCCCAUUCCAAACUAUGUAAGAAAGCUCACAUUUUUUGGGAUGCGCCUCUGCUGCUACGAGGGCUGCUGUGCCCGAAAAGUAGGACCGGCAGAUCAAGGCGGUGCAGAUGUCAAGGACACAGGUCAGUGAAGAAACACUCAUGGCUCAUGUGCUAUCAGUGUUAUAUAAUAACCCUUUUUUGUAUUCAAAUUUAAGUGCUCAUUAAGAGUCUAUUAAGAUAUAACUCGAAAAACAGUAAUUAUUUAAUUAUUAUUUAUUCAGGAAAAAUAAUUUAAAUUGCUUUAACAUUUUAUUAUGUUAAAAAUUUACUUAAAAUAUGUUUUCAAUUUAAAAAAAAAACAAAAUGAACUCAACAAAACUGAUUAUUUUGUCUUUUUGGAUGAAUUUUUUAAAUAUGACUUCAAACAUAAAAUUAGUUGUUCCAUUUCUUUAAGUUCCCAGGCUAAUCUUAAGGCUUUACAAAAGUAGCUUCUUCUUCUAUUAAUGUAUAUAACAUAACUGAAACACUUAAGGACAUUUAUAUCAUAGAUGGCACAUAAAACAUUUCGUUCCACUGCAGAACUGAUGACCACGGUCACUCCCACUCACUGAUACUAAGAUGACUUCUGACCACGGUCACUCCCAAUAACUGAUACUAAGAUGACUUUUGACCACGGUCACUCCCACUCACUGAUAUUAAGAUGACUUCUGGCCACGGUCACUCCCACUAACUGAUACUAAGAUGACUUCUGACCACGGUUACUCCCACUAACUAAUACUAAGAUGACUUCUGACCACGGUCACUCCCACUAACUGAUACUAAGAUGACUUCUGGCCACGGUCACUCCAACUAACUGAUACUAAGAUGACUUCUGACCACGGUUACUCCCACUAACUGAUACUAAGAUGACUUCUGACCACGGUCCCUCCCACUAACUGAUACUAAGAUGACUUCUGACCACGGUCACUCACAUUUACUGACAAUAGGAUGACUUCUAAUAUUCUCUUUGUAAAUCUCUUCAGUCCUAAAUGAUAUGACAUCGUCUAGUAAAGACAAAGAUGCUAUGGAAAAUUAUUUCUCGAGACUUCACGACCCGCUCGGUAUUUGCUUUUAUAAACAAGUAGUCAUUAGUUUAGUAUCUUUAGCUAGAAUGUAGAACAUUUGAUCUACUAGACAUUAGUUUAGUAUAUGUAGCUAGAAUCUAGAACAUUUGAUCAACUAGUCAUUAGUUUGCGACAGCAAUGCGUGAACUUCCCAUCCACUAAAGUUACUUGACAAAAACGUGAACUCAACUUACGCACAUUUAUGAAUGCCAAUUUAGCUACACCCCUUCCUUCCCCCCUUUUCAUGAUACGUCACGGCGGUGGGCGCCUGCAGAAAACUUUCUAGUGGGGGGGGGGGGAAAUCGAUUAAUUUUCCAGGGGGGGGGGGCAAUUUUUUUUACACCCCUUCCUUCCCCCCUUUUCAUGAUACGUCACGGCGGUGGGCGCCUGCAGAAAACUUUCUAGUGGGGGGGGGGGAAAUCGAUUAACUUUCCAGGGGGGGGGGCAAAUUUUUUUUAGUAAUGUUUUAAUACAGUUUUAAUUUAGUGUAGCGUAUUUGUAUGGUGAACGAACGGACAGGACAUUAGCUUAGUUACUUUCUCUUAGAUUUCUCUUUACUUUAAUAAAUGUUUUGUCUAUUUUUGUCUAAACAAUUUUUAUCCAAUCAAUCAAGGGGGGGGGGGGCAAGUGCCCCCCUGCCACUUCCUGCGGGUGCCCAUGGUCACGGCACACUUUUUAUUUCACGCCGACCCGCGGCUUAGCAAACGCCGCGAGCUGGCUGGCAAGCGAGGGUGGUGCAGGAAGAGGGGGCCGGUAGCUCCACCGCAGUGCGUAUGUCUCCAGACCAACGAUGGGCAGGCAAGGCAAGGGGGGAGGGUUGCCUGCUUCUUGCUUGCCCUCCUUUCCAUUUUUUUUAACAUCCCCGUCUUUGGGCAAUGGCCUUAAACUCGUAACUCUAACUUAAUGGACAAUUCUACGCGCUAAAGUCCAGCUACUACACAACACUAUGUGCAACUCAAUUAACAGUGGAGACAUGCUGUAGAAUGUUCUAGAUUAAUACUAGGACAAAGCCCCUAAUAUUUAGACAAAAGCCGUAUUAUGGAAGAAAUGAAAUUUGUCUAUAUCAGCCUUUCAACAGAUUCCACUUGUCAGUUUUUUUUUUGUUUACAUUAUUUUUUUAUUUUUAGUUUUAUCAUACCAGAUUUAGAUAGCCAAAUUAAGUCUUUAAGAAUUAUAAGCUAGUUAUACAGACUCUUUUUAUAAUGAGCAGCUUUUUAUUUUGAAAAAAAAUUUGAUUACGUAUAUUCCAGAUGUCAGUUUUAGUGUUAUUUCCAAUUUCGCGUCUUGUAUUGCUUUGAAACUAAAACUAUAUCAAAGGAAUAUUUAAAAAAAAAAAAUUCAUUCGUAAAAGCUUAUGUAAAGAAAAGGUUAAACAGCAAUUUUAUAUAAAAAAAAAAAUAAAAAAUAAAUUAAAAAAUAAAAUUUAUAUUACUUCAUCUGGUUCAAAUGUAUCUAGCACGAAUGUAUCUGGUACAAAUGUAUCUGGUACAAGUGUAUGACGCGUGCUUUAAAAUAACAAUGAAUGCUGCGGAGCGUCGAGUUCUCGAACUUAUUGGAACUGGGGAUGGUUUGGAUGACAUAAUAUGUUUUCAAAUAACUGAAAGCUCCCAAGAAAAUUUUUAGUAAAGAAGUUAGUGAAGAGAAGAUAGUAUGAGCUACAUUAUAUUUUUACACAGACGUUGAGGAUUGAAAGUUUUUUUUUCUUCUUUUAUUAAGGUUAUUUCCAAAACAAAAAAAUUAUAAAUAAAAAUGGAAAAAUGACUGGUGCUUCGAGUAAAAUCAGAGAUUCGUUUAUCUUUGAGGGCGUUUCUUCUGCUGUAAAUGAUAAUCAACAAGUUUGUAGAUCGCAUUUUGCCAGUGUGGUCAACGCAUGUACUGAAGAUGUCUAGGUUGUUUUGUUUUUUUGGAUUGUGCGGCAGGGAUUGAGGCUGAUUUCCAGUUUGCUACACACCACUGGUGCAUUCCAAGCGCAUUGCAAUUGCGCGCGAUGCAAAUUAUCUUGAAAAUAUAAAUAAGGGGCACUUCGACUAAACGAUCAUUUGCGUUCAUAAAAUUAACGUUGUGAAUUAAUUGAAAUUACUCAAGCUAAAAUGUCACUAAACCUGCAUAUUACAAUGCGGCGUCCGAUAAUGAUUGGCCAAUAGAAAAAUACCACAUAAAACUUUUAGUAUAGCCCUUUUGUUUAUCUUAGCCCAAUAUAUAAACUUUUUGGACUCCCCACAGGUUCUGAAUCUAGCAGCCUUGAGAAAAACCAUGAUUUCGACCGUGGGAUGCUAGUGAAAUCAACUUGGUCACGUGAGAAGAGCUUCAUGGGGCUCCGACCGGCCACCGUCCAAUCAACACGCGAGGAGCAGUCACGUGGGUUGGAGAUAACCUGGAAGACCGUCUCCAUGGUGCUGGACGGGGUUCUGCUGAGAUUCUACUGCCUGUUUCUGGUCGUGUCCAGCUGUGUGUUUCUCUCAAUCUUAAUCACAAAUUCCUGAGGGCCCAGAAAUUUACGAACUAUGCAGCGGCAAUGAAUAAAAAUAGAACUAAAUUUCUUAAUGUAUAUAUAUACACAUGGGACACAAUGGUUGAAUUUUUGUUUAAUUUUAACAUUUAUUUCAUAUUUAUUGGACUUUUUCUUUUAUGAUUAUUUCAUUUAAAAAAAUGCAUUCUCAUGCCUAGUAAUAGAAAUUUAUAUGGGAAAGAAAAAUGUUUUUAAACGAUAUUUUAUUUAAAAACUGCAUUUGAUUUUACGGAACCCCGUAGGCUAAGGUCACAACAGGAUGAAAGAGCUCUACAGGGAAGGGAGAUUAUUUCUAUUACACUACAUAGUUCAUUCAAAUCUGACCAAUAAACCCCCACCCCACAACACUCUAGAAAAUCUGUUUCAUGAAAAUAUUGGCCAACGUGCUCACGGUCUAAUUUGUUGAAACCAUCACGGUUUGGAAUGCUGUACACAUUGCAUUGUGUUAUUGCUGAUGAAGGCUGUGUAUGGUAUUGUGUUAUUUCUGAUGAAGACUGUGUAUGGUAUUGUGUUAUUUCUGAUGAAGGCUGUGUAUGGUAUUGUGUUAUUUCUGAUGAAGACUGUGUAUGGUAUUGUG